UGUGCAAGUCUAAGUGAUAGGCAUGUUCGCCAGUUGAUUGGGAAAUUCGUUGGAUAUCGAACUCCUCUAGCGAACAGCUAGGAUCUUUAUUGCUGCAGUCCUUUGUUCCCUCAACAUAACAGUAGAGGGCUCUUCACCCUUCAAAUAUGUAAAUCCUUGACACGGUAAGUGUCUUCCUAGGAUAAGCUGGUACAGUCUAGACAAGCUUAAACUCACAACGAUAAGAUCGAGUCUCUAUGGAUACACUUUCUAUAGAUCUUGUCUCAUAACCCUAACUUCCAUACUCGGUCUAGCCUGAUUGUGGAUGGCCCACUUUAAAGUUUAUCGGCGCAUCAAUCAACCUUUUCAUGAUAGACAAUAGACACAGAAAAUAGACGUUACAUUGGGACAUGAAUUGAUACGAGUAUACUAUAGACUUACAGUCCUUACUAUAUCAGAAAACUACAUGAUACCCUCAUGAGCGUGACUACAACUUUAUGAUUUACCAAAAUGCCACACACAUCCAGUAAACACAGGAAGAAAUUCACUCACCCAAAAAGAAUCGAAAUUACUGAUGAAGAUGGCUGGACUCACGUCUCAAACACGCAUUCAGUGCCUUCACCUUCGUCGGGGAGGAAGAAGAUGAUAAUGACGGACGGCGCAGUCGAUGAUGACGAUCAUCCUGCUCAGACCAUACUCAAUGAUGACACUGGAUCAAGGGGAGGUGAAGCUACAGCAUAUAAAUUAUCACCAUCAGAACCACCACCAAGACUAACUCUGCCCGAACUACGGAAACAAUUCACCGCACAUCAGGGAACGUGGGAAUCAUCGCAGACAUGGCAACAACUCAAACAUUCCCUAUCCAAAGACAUCCUCGAUCAAACCAAUACGCAAUUACGCAUCAAUAAUAUAGUAUGCAUCGGCCUCGGUUCACCCAGCGGCUUUGUACAAGGUGGAUGGGUCGAUCGGCGGAGUGUAGCGCUCUAUCAACUCGCCUCUCUAGUCUCGAUAGCCACCUCUCUCAAACAACACCAAAAAAAUCAUAAAACUCCCAAAAACGAAGAGCAGGAAGAAGAUGAUGAUGAAAAAGAAAUAGAAAUCAUAGCCCAAGACCCAGUCUUCAAUACCCUCGAUGUCGAACUCCUCUCCUCACUCGGAAUCGAAGUCGUAAAUACACCAGAGGGCUUCAAUGCUGUCAACGAAAGAACAUUUUUAUUCGCGCCUGGCGCUGAAAGGAGGCAUUUGAGAUUAAUGUUACCAUCUAACCCGGCCAUGGUAUUCGGAGGACCAUUGGAAGAAGGGCCUUCAUUAACCUCUCAGAGAUUUGAUGAAGACGACAACAGUACGAUUGAAAAUGAUGAUUUGGCGGAUUACGUGGCUCGGACGCGGUCCGUGAAAUUACAAGAGUUUGAAGCGAGACCGGAAACGUUUUGGCGGAUGAGGGUUUAUUGGCUAUAUGAUGAGUGAUAAGUUUGGAUCAUACCGAUACAUUCUUGGGUCGGUGUCUUGGUACUUUGGAAAAGUUGUUACUAUAGGAACUGGCAGCAUAGACUGCGUUUGAAUGUUAUGCUUCAUUAGAAAGU